AUGGAGAAAAGAGAGAUAAAGAGUGCUUGAGUGCUAGAAUCCAAGAAGAUAUUUGGGCCCACCCUGGACAUUGGUACAUAUUCUUAUACUAGCAUCACUUUCCUCAUCAUUCAGACUCCUGACAUUGACUUCUUCCAAGCUGCAAAUGUGUCCAUAAUGGUGGCCAUCAAGCUCAGUCACAACCUUCACACCCCCAUGUACUUUUUCCUCUGUGGCCUGUCCUUUUCAGAAACCUGUACCACUAUGGUAGUCAUCCCCCGCAUGUUAGUGGACUUGCUAUCAGAGAACAACACCAUUUCUCUUCCUGAGUGCGCCUCACAGAUGUUUUUCUUUUUGGGCUUGGCAGCCAACAACUGUUUCAUCAUGGCUGCCAUGUCCUACGACCGGUACACAGCCAUCCACAACCCGCUUCACUAUCACACCCUUAUGACAAGAAAGACCUGCUUGCAGUUGAUGGUGGCUUCUUGGGUAGUUGGCUUCCUGGUUUCUCUUUGCAUUGUCAUCACUAUAUUCACCUUGUCUUUUUGUGACUUGAACACUAUCCAGCACUUCUUUUGUGACAUUUCACCUGUGGUCUUUCUUGUUUGUGAUUACACUUCUUAUCAUGAAAUGGCUAUUUUUGUGCUCUCUGCCUUUGUGCUGGUGGGCAGCUUUAUUUUAAUUAUGAUUUCCUAUGUCUUCAUUGUGUUCAUAGUCAUGAAAAUGCCCUCUGCAAAGGGGAGGUAUAAGGCCUUUUCCACUUGCUCCUCCCACCUCACUGUCGUGUCCAUACAUUAUGGAUUUGCUUGUUUUGUCUACUUGAGGCCCAAGGACAGUGACUCCUUCCCUGAAGACAUGCUGAUGGCUGUGACAUAUACAGUGCUGACGCCUCUGCUUAACCCCAUAGUUUACAGUCUGAGAAACAAAGAAAUGCAGAUAGCCCUAAGGAAAUCCCUAGGCAGUAUAAUUAGCUUUUUCCCUCAGAUGACAAAUAAAAGAUUCCCAAACAUUUUUAAAAAAUUACUUAGAAUUGAUAAAUAAAAGUGGAAAAAG